AUGGAAAAGUACGAGGACCUUGUUAUUAUUGGGCAGGGUCAGUAUGGCACAGCGUUUCGGGCACGGGAUAAGUAUGAUGGCCAUCUGUAUUGCAUCAAGCGAAUACCUAUGUCUGCCAAGGAUGACCACGCGGGGGCACUUCGUGAAUCUCAGCUUUUGGACUCCCUUGAUCACCCCAACAUCAUCCGGUAUCGGGAGAGCUUUGUAGACAAGGACGGGGCGCUGUGCAUUGUCACCUCCUUUUGCGAGGAGGGCGACCUGUUUACUCGAAUCCGCAAGAAGGCAUCGCAGAAGGAAUAUUUUACCGAGGAGGAGGUGAUGAACAUGUUUGUGCAGAUUGCGUCGGCUCUUAGCUACAUACACUCAAAGCGUGUUCUUCACCGCGACUUAAAGACCCAGAAUAUCUUCAUAGCUCGGGGCGGCAUUAUCAAGCUGGGUGACUUCGGGAUCUCCAAGGUGCUCGAGCGCACGGACUCGUUUGCUACAACUGUUACGGGAACACCAUACUACAUGGCCCCAGAAAUUUGCACAAACCAGCCAUACACGUACAAGAGCGACAUCUGGUCGCUGGGCUGCGUGUUGUAUGAGCUCUGCACCCUCAAGCACGCCUUUGCUGCCGACAGCCUGCUCUCGCUCGUGUACCAGAUCGUGCGUGGCAACUUUCCGCCUAUCCCAACUGAUCAGUUUAGCUCAGGUUUGAGCGACCUGGUCAACCGCCUUUUGGCGAGAGAUGCCACCACACGGCCUUCCCUUGGAGAGGUUUUCAAGAUGCCGUACGUGCAACGGCACCUAGGUCGCUUCAAAGCUGAGGAACAGCAGCGCAACAUGAAACAAUCGAUUAGCUUGACUCGCAGGAAGCAGCUGCUGGAUGCUGCGCCAGGUGCAGAGGCCUACGGGGAGAACGACGCGAACUUGACCCCGAAGCAAAGAAUGGAGCGCAAGAAGGCCAUGGAACGGGAGAAGGAGAUGCGGAGGAUGAGCGUCGCGGCCAUGGGCGCCAACAAGAAUCGCGUGCAAGCGGCUGCACGCAAGAGGGAACAGAUUUUUGGCAACAACACGGGGCUGCCUGGCGCUCAGCCGUCGCCGCAGAGAGUCGACAGGGGAUUUGAGGAUGACGACUUACCGAACAUGGGCACUGUGCGGAUUGAGGAGACCGUGCGUGGCCCGCCCACUCGGCCUGGCAAUAAGGGUAUUUGGGUCCUGGACGGCCCAGAUUCAGGUGCUGUGGACCCGUACGCCGCAACGUUACCGUCCCAGGCACGGCUGCAGCAGCAACAAGGGGCCGGUCAGCGGCCUCCCUCACAACAGGCGCCGUCUCGAGGACUGUCUGCUGGUGGGGCUGGUCGGGUCGGAACCUCGCCAGCUUCGCAGCAGUUUCAAACGCCAACCUUGGGGAACAAUCGGGCUGCAGGAGGCGGAACAAACAACUGGGGCCUGGGGGAUGAUGAUGUGCUCACGGGGACGGUCCGGGGAGGAGCAACGCAGGUUGGCUUGCAAGCAACCGCGGGCGCACUCGAGCAGGGCGCCCGGGGAGGCGCGGGGCAAUGGGGAAUGGAUUACAACGGCGCAUCGGUUCUUGGCGACGAUAUGCCCAACAUGGGCACUGUGCAGAUGACCAACGGUUAUGGGAUGCAGGGCGCUGCUGCACGGGGCCUGUACACGGCCGGCCUGCGCACUAAUGCCUCGGACAGCCCAUUGAUGGGUUCGGUCAACUUAGGCAACAGCCGUACCAUGCGUGCCACUUCAGCAGGACCUGUCGGGCUCUCGGGCGCAGGCAGCCCUGCUCGGCCGCCCAACGGCACCGCAUCAGAUCGGUCCAUAAUGUCAUCUAAGUCUGUAGGAGCCGCCACGCCCUCGCCGGACGUUCGCCGAACCUCCGGACCGAGUCCCCUGGCAGCACCUGCUUCGGCUGGUGCGAGAGGGCACCAGCAGCCGCAAGCGCAGUCGCCACCGCCGCUGCAUGGGGGCGGCGCACGCCAUCAUCACCAUCAUGGCGACGACGAUGAUGACGGCGCCUACAGCGAUGACUUUGAGGAUGAUGACGAGGAUGAGGGCGUGGUGCAGCAGCGUAACCGCAUUAUUCAGAACGUAGAAGACAUUGCCUCGCGUGCUUACGACGGCCGUGACAGCAUAGCCGCCGUACAGGAGCGCGUCAAGCAGACGGGCGCAAACUCGGACAAGGCACGCGCCAUCCGUCAGGGCUGUGAAGCGCAGCUGGGCAACAAAUUCGCACCGGUAUACGAGUACCUAAGCCGUGCGCGCCGCCAGGAGCCGCCACCCGAUGAGAAGGAGGUGCAGCGGCGGCUGUUGGAGAUUGUGGGCGACAAGGCGCGCAUGCCGGGAUGCUUCAUGGUGGAUCAGCUUGUGUUUACGGAGUCGAUGUACUCGUGA